AUGAACAAAGCAACAAUUGGAAAUGGGGCUUAUUCAGUUCCGGCUGAGGCUCGAAAGACUUUUCACGAGCAAAUACUCGCCAACCCUUUAAUCCGCAAAAGCCUUCCUGCCGGGAUCGAAAAAACCGCGCAGUCCAUUGUCUUUACCGGUGCCAACGCGCCGACGCUUCCGGUGAAUCUGCGCUUUGCAGAAAGUAUUUCCAGUCUCAAGGCUCUGGAAGCGAGCUUACUCGGCCUCGUGCUGGAGAUGAAGUACGGGGUCCUGCCACAAAAGGUUGAGAUAAACACAGACCAUGCCCAGCUUUUUAUCAUGUCCUUCGCCCUCUGGGUGCUGGACCCGGCUGGGGCGAAUAUGAACGCCGGCACAAUGCGUACGGUCGAGGGCCGCAAGCAACUUGCCAGGUACUUCCCGUCGUGGGAAAGGCGGUUCUCCAGCUCGGAUGCGGAGAACCGGUACAACAUGGCUGUAACCAACAUCUACGCCACCAAAGAUGACCGGUAUUUCCACUUACACGGUUCUCUAGACCCAGGCCCGAUGCUGGAAGCUCUGGGAUUGCCGAAAGUAGUCGAGUUUGAAACUGCAGAUGCAAGCAAGCAACCGUUCCAGCAGGCAGUUGGUCAUCUAAAGGCAGAUGAACUGCAAGUGCUGGUCGAUAAAUCGCGGCAAGCAGGCACAACCUGCCUCACAAAGGAAGAAUAUAUCAGUAGCGAACAGGGCCAGGCUAAUGCGCAGGUCGGUUUAUUCGAGAUCAUUUCGCACCCCAGCGUAUCCCAACCUCGGACUUGGUGGCCCGGUGGCGGAGACGCGCGUCGACCCCUCGCAGGACUCAAGGUGGUCGAGCUCUCGCGCGUAAUUGCCGCACCCGUGAUUGGCCGCUCACUGGCCGAAUUUGGUGCCAGCGUAAUGCGCAUCACCGCCCGCCACCUUCCUGACACGUCAGGCUUGCACCUGGACACCAACCACGGCAAGUGGAAUGCUUGUCUGGACCUCCGGAAAGAAGGGGACAGAGAGGCCUUGCGGGAGUUGAUUUACGACGCUGAUGUCUUUAUCCAGGGCUACAGGCCUGGUGUUCUCGACAAGUACGGCUUUGGAGAACGGCAUGUGCUCGACUUGUGCCGUAGUCGCAAGGAUCGCGGUGGCAUCAUUUACGUGGCGGAGAACUGCUACGGAUGGCAUGGGCCAUGGGCUGAUAGGCCUGGUUGGCAGCAAAUAUCUGAUGCCAGCUGUGGGACAUCGUACGAGUUCGGUAGAGCUCUCGGUCGUGACGAGCCAGUUACUCCUAUUUUUCCUAAUUCGGACUACAGCACCGGUGUGGCCGGAUCUGCGGGAGUCUUAACUGCACUCCUGCGUCGGGCUGAAGAAGGUGGUUCGUUUACAGUACGAGUUGCCCUCAACUACUACUCCCGCUGGCUGCUUUUGUCCGUCGGCGCUUAUCCGCAACAUGUAUGGGAGGACCUCCGUCGACGCAGCGGCGUACCCCAGUUCGAGCACCACCACUCCAUGGACCACACGAUCCCCACCGUCUUCCCAUGGCUUUUUCGCAGUGGUAUUAUUACCAAGCCAGAGUUUUACACCGAGUAUUACGCCAAGAAUCUGGGCACUACGGUCCGGAUCGUCGCUCCUGUGCUUCGCUAUCCAGGUGGCGAGGUGGAGCCAGGCUUUCAAGUGGGCACACGGACUAACGGGGUUGACAUGGCAAAGUGGCCCAAGGACCUUGGCGUGGAGGUGGUUGAUGGAGACAGCUAG